GGGGGAUUGUGGGAGGGCAGAAAGAAGGAGGUGAUUGUUGGGGAGACUGGAAACAUAUAAGGAGGAGAAAGCAAGCGAGGCAGCAAGUGGAGGGAAGACGAAGAGAGAGGAGCUCACUUACAUUUUCAGAAAGAUAACAAACUUGCAAACAACAGAAAUCACGAUGGCUGCCAGAAGAUAUCUUCCUUUCUCCCUGGUGAUCGUUUGCCUGGUUCUCAUCAGAGGUUACUCUCCUCUGCCAACAACAUCCCCAGUUGCAGGGCCGAAGCCCACGAGAUCUCCGACACCACACGGGGUUUCGACCGAGGACUAUAUGCCUACCUUAAAUGAUUACUCUCACUAUGAAGACACAGAUGAAGACACAGAAACCCAUACUGCACCCAGUACAGAGACUCCACAUAGAGGGACCUCUAAUAAAUGCAAGUACAAUCCCUGUCUGGAGAGUCAGACCCCCUGUGCUGAGCUGGCAGCCUCCAGCGGCUGCUUGUGUCCAGGGUUCACAUUACACAACCAGCUCCCAGAGGCUCCCAAGCUGAAAUCAGUGUCCUGGAACGGGUCGGAGGUUGUACUUCAGUGGUGUGCACCUUAUUCGUAUGUCACAGGUUACAAAGUGACUGUAGUGGGAAAAGACAGGCAAAUGUUUGGGAAGGACCGUAGGAGUGGCGGAGUGGGACACAUGGACAGCCUCGCGGAGGUGUGUGUGGUGGCGGUGAAUGACGUUGGGAACAGUGAGGCGUCCUGUUUGAUGUACCAUCCCAGGGACGGCAGCCUGCCUCUGAAAGCAGGUCUCAUCGGGGGAGCUCUGGGCUUCCUUCUGCUCCUCUUGCUCGCCGUCCUGCUCUGGAGGCACAAGAGACAACGGAAACAGGAAGCCAGCAUCUCUAUGCAUGACACAGCUGAGACAGAGUGAACAGAAAACAGAGCGAGACUGAACGCUCGGGGAUAAGACUCUGUCCCAUGAGACUCCUCAGCAUCUUCAUAGUUGAUUAGCUGUGAGUAUAUUUUAACAUCUGAGCUUUUUUUUAUGUAAAGAGGCUUUAAAGAUGUUUUGAUUGUAUUGAAUACAACGAAAAUGACAAUAUAUUUAUACCUGAGACGACAGCUUAUGGGUACAAAGGUUCAACGAUUUUAUAUAUUUUUUUAUAAUAUCUAGUAGCAGUUGUUGACACGUCAAAACAAACUGUAUGGAGAAACUCUCUGUGAGAGUUUCUCAUUUUAUGUAUUUAAUUAAAGAGUGAAUGGAUUUA